AUGCAAACGUCUAGAUGGAAAAACGUCUACCAUUUGGCUGCCAUUAAUAACAUAAGACAUGGAUUCGCCUCACUAAAAUACUACAGGGAAGAAUAUAAGACACCCAACAAAAUCACAUCUGAAUCAAACUUUCAUGGAUUACUCACGGAUAGCGGCGAAAUCUGGAAAAACUUGCGAUCGACCGUUAAUCCUGUACUGCUGCAGCCGAAGACCACCAAACUUUACUCCACUAUGCUAGACGAAGUAGCACAGGAUAUGAUUGUCAGGUUAAAGUCUUUACGUGGGUACGAUAACAGGAUCCAGGGUGACUUUGACAUGGAAAUGAACCUGUGGGCAUUGGAGUCGAUAGCUUUAGUCGCUCUAGGACGACGACUACGAUGUUUCGAUUCACACCUGCCACCAAACUCUCCUGAGAAGAGACUCAUUAAAGUAGUUCAAGAUAUUUUUAAAUCAUUUUAUAUGUUAGAUUUCAAGCCCAGCCUGUGGAAAUAUUAUCCGACAAAAACCUUUAAACGUGCCAUGAAGUUAUAUGAAGAACAAGAAAUUUUAGCAAGAUAUUUCAUUGAUAAGUCUAUCGAAGAGCUAGAGAAUCAUAAAGAAAUAACCCAUGACGACCAAAAAAGUAUCCUUGUGAAAUUACUAGAUAUAAAUAAAGACGUAGCUGUUGUAAUGGCAAGUGAUGCUCUUUUCGCCGGUGUCGAUACGACAUCGAACUUGAUAAUAGCCACGCUUUACCUACUAGCCAAUAAUCAAGACAAACAAGACAUACUCAGGGAAGAAAUACGAUCUUCUGGCGAUCAGGGUGAGAAACAGCAGUAUCUGGAAGCAUGCCUGAAAGAAUCGAUGAGGAUUUUGUCUGUAACAGCUGGGAAUACAAGGGUUACAACAAAAGAAUAUGACAUCUUUAACUACAAAGUACCCAUUGGCGUUGCAGUUAAUUUUAUGCAUCACAAUAUGGCUUUGAUGGAAGAGAAUUAUCCUAGGCCAAAAGAAUUCUUACCAGAGAGAUGGCUCGUCAAGAAAGAGAGUCCGUUGUAUCAUGGGAACGCACAUCCAUUCGCAUAUCAGCCUUUUGGGUUCGGAGUACGAAGCUGUCUUGGACGUCGUAUUGCAAAAUUAGAACUGGAGACUUUCUUAAGAAAACUGAUUGAUAAUUUUAAAGUCGAAUGGUUUGGUCCCCCAGUCACCGUGAGAUCUGCCGCCUUAAAUUACGUCAAUGGUCCGUAUAAUUUUAUUUUCAAGAAUGCAUAA